CUGGGACUGGAGCUGGCUGUGGGACAGGGUGAUGGGGGACAUUGCUGUCACUCCACACUCUCCUCAGUUGCUCUGUCCCCUCCCUCCCCAGCCACCUCUUGACCCAGUGGCUUAAAAAUUAAGGGUUUCCAGGCAAUGUCACGAGAGGGACCAAAGCCUCCAAGGACCCCCCAGGAUUCACGCCUGCACCCACUGGCGACCCCUGACUGGGUGACCUGGGAAGGAAGGGCAGGGCGAUGGUGGUGUUGACUGCAGCGGGCAGGCAGCAAGCAGGCAGCUGCCUGCCCCAGAGCUCUGGCCAGAUUGCCAUUGUGUCUCAGCUUGCACUGCCUUGGCUAGUGGGGUCACACGGGAUGGGGACAGGAGCUGGGACGGGGGCAGGAGGAGACAGAGGAUGCAGAGCCCAGCCUCCGGACAUACCAGAAGCAUCCAGCCCACAGCCGUGUUUGCACCUCCCCGGCAUGGUGUGGGGCUUAGGUCCACGCAGGGACUGUCCCCACUGGGUGGGAUUGACACGGCCAGCCUCUUUGGGAGGGAGAGCUCAGCUGUGUGGAUUCAUGCCUGUCAUGCUGGCUGGUCUUGGGGCAGAGAGGAGCCGUGGUGUCUUUUCUGGGUCACUGGCAAGGCACUGCAUUGGACAAGGCUUGUGGUCUGGCCACUAAAGUGCUAAUGAGGUCCCACAGUGGGACGAGGACUGAGCAGCCUAGAGAGAUGCUGAGGCUGGGGUGGUGGAAACAGGAUGGAGACCGGGGGCACGUGAUACCGGGCAGGGAGCAUCAGGAAGAGAAACACUAUCGGCUGGGAUAACCCAGCUGCAGAGCUGGGUGGGAGCAGCUUGACAGUAGUGGAGCCCCCUCCUUGUCCCGGUUCACCCCACGGAGGCCAGGAUUUGUCCCCAGAUGGGCUGCUGUGCCAUCCUGUCCCCCCCAGGUUGUGGAAAUGCUUUGACACCAGAGGCUGUGGGAAAAUGGGAGUCUUCCCUUGAAGCGGGGAGGGCUGAGAAACCUGGGCUCAUUUUGCCUGGCAUGGCUGGAGGCUGGAAGGGGGGUAGGGUGCAGCAAUGCGUCGGGUGGGCGGGAAUGGCCGGGAGGAGAAAGAGCAAUUUAUUGUGCAGGACAGUGUGCGUGGGCACGAGGAAAAUGGGAAUAAGCUCACCAUGACUACAUCCCCUCGGGGCUCCACAGAAACCCAGACCCGCAAGGUCCCCUGCUUUGAAGAAACAAGGGCAAGCUAUAAACUGCCUUUAAGUUCUUGAUCAGCAGAGACUCGCAUGAUGUUGCAGCUUGGUCCAGCAUCAGGAGACCUCUCCUUUCCUGCAGCCCUAGCAAUGCAUGGCAGGAGCAGUAAGCCUUGCUGCUUGUGGUCUUUCCUUGCCAUAGUUUGUCCAUUUAGGGCCUGCCUCCCUGUCAGAACAGGAGACAGAUGGGUGGCAUCUAUGAUGCGGUGACCUCCUGAAGUCGUGGUGAUGGAGGAGGCUCCUGGGCUCCUGAGAAUCGACUCUUGGUCACUUGCAGAGAAGGACAGGAGCUCUCAUCAUUGCAUAGUUGAAAGCCUGGAGGAGUUGCAGGUUGCCUCAUCGCAACACAGAGUGUGGUGGGAUAACUCCUACAAAUGAAUAUUUAUAUAGAUAGGCACUUGCUUCAGUAGAGAUGGGGUGGGAGGGAUUUCACGGGUUGCCUGUGCUUCUCAAGGUCUGGGCGGAGAACUGGCAGGUGGGCGAAGGACAGAAAGGAGCAAGCCUAAUUUGUAGUAGCAAAGGAGUUUUGGGUGAAGCCUCCUAGAGUGAGGAUAAUGUGGUGGAGAUGGAGAAGGGGGUCAUGGGACCACCACGGCUGGCGAUUUCAAAUGGCUUAGCCAUCCCUUUUUUAGGAAGAAGGGAGAGACAGUUGGGCUGGGUCAGGCUCUUGGGCUGCGGGGGUCUCCUGGGGCUCCUUUUCCCCCACCUCCUCGGUGCUGUGAUCAUGCUGAGGAUGUUUGCACCCCUGUCCCCCUGCACACACUAGUGUGGGACCGGUCCUGGCCUCGCUGAGACCCACUUCCACCCCUCUGCCCUCCCAUCACCACAACUCAGUGCUCUAAAAAUUGCCGAGAGCUUCCGAAAGGAGGGUGCCAGGGGAAGUCGGGGCUGGCUUGCAUGUGGGUGAGGUUAUUCGCCCCGGGGCGGGCAGCAGCUUUCCAGCGCCGGCUUCCCCGAGCGGCACUCCUGUUUGCUCCCCACUGCAGCUGCCGGCAUUUCCCUGAGCUUCUCGCUGCACCUUCCUCCGCCGAAACCGCUUCGGAGAGAUUUUUCCGGGGCUGGGACAGGCGGGUGUUCUCGCCGGCAGCCAGCGGCAGAGGCUGCCGCGGCAGCCAGAAGCGGCUUGGAUCCUUCCCGAGGAAGGCAGGCAGCCGGGAGCCGGGGGGCCAGAGGAUGUUCGCCACGGUCCCCAGCCACAGGGAUGCAGGGUUGCUAGGAGGCAGGUGAAGGUGAAGAGGAGAGCGCUGCGGAGGACCGCAGGCCCAGAUCCGCAUGUCAGACCAGAACAGCACUGACGAUGGGGAGUCAGACCCCCAGCACAGCCUGUCUAUGGUCUUCCUCCUCGUCCUCGUCUUCUUCAUCAUGGGGCUGGUGGGUUUCCUGAUCUGCCAUGUCCUGAAGAAGAAGGGUUACCGGUGCCGGACUUUCCGGGACGAGCUCGACCCAGAUAACAAAGACGUGCUGGCGGAGCUCCAGGCCAAUGAAGAGGAGGAGCUGAAUGAGGACACCGUGGAGAAGAUUGUGAGAUGCAUCAUACAAAAUGAAGCAAAUGCAGAGGCCCUCAAGGAGAUGCUGGGAGACAAUGAAGGGGACAUCCCAGUGCCAGUGCCCAGCCUUUGUCCCCACCGUAACAGCCAGGAUGGGGGCCCACCACAUCACCACACAGUGCAUCUGGGCUCCACGCAGGCCCCCUGCAUCCACUGCAGCAAGAGGAAGAGGCACCCACUGCAUCGACAAGGACGGUCCAAGGAUGGCAAAGGCAGGAUGCAUCCUGGAGAGACUACUGUCUUCUCAGUGGGCAGGUUUCGUGUCACACACAUCGGGAAGAAACCCACUUUCCACGAGCAGCAGGACGGUCCCCUGCCAGGUGGCAGCCGGGAGCCGAGCACGGAGGAGCUGGAGCACAGCAGCGACCGGCUCCAGCGCGAGCGGGCUCGCAAUGGGACUGUCCCCAUGGGUGGCCUGCAGAACGGAGCCGUCCAGAAGGGUACCCAGAGCAGCAAGGGUGGGGAGCAGAGCCGCUCCACCACUCCAGCCCCGAACACACCAGCCAGCUCCGGCACUCGUGACAGCAGACGGGCGGGCAAGGGGUCUGGCGUGGCAGGCUCCCUGCAGGAUGCUGGCACUGCUCCUGGGAGCGCGAGCCGCCAGCGGAAGCUCCUGAGCCAUCGGGUGCUGGGAGGGUCGAGUCCCAGCAUCCCAGGAGAGCUGGUGCAGGAAGGAGCCAGCAUCUGCUUGGAGGAGACCGGACUGGGGUCGGCAGAUGAAGUGUCGGAUAUUCAUGGGAGCCUGAGUCUGCACGAACAGGCUGAUGAGUUGGGAAGAGACGACAGCAGCAGAAAACAGCCCGGAGUGGAAGACAUGGGGCAGCAGGAGCCCAGCGCCGCGGUGCACAACCGAGGAGCAACCGUGUGACCUCCUCUCCGCUCCCGUCUGGAGCAUGGACGGGAGGCGCGCAGCCCCCGGCCCCCAUGCUGGGCUGGGGGCUCUGCCAUGGGGAGACCGCAGGGCAGCCGGCCCCGGCCCCGGGUGGGCAGCUACGCGCUUGGCAUGGCCGGAGCGACGCGCCGACGUUACAGACAACCGCACUCGGCGCCAGACCUCAUCCCAUUGGCAAUAGGUACCCAACUCCCACCCACCGCACCCGCCCCGGAGACCCCCCCCGGGGGACCGUCAGGCCUGGCAGGGGCAGGACAGCACCCAGUCCCUGCUGCCCACCCAGCCCCUGCAGCCCCCCGGCGCUGGGGGGAAGAUGCAUCAGAGGGGGCUGCAGCGAGGGGCAGGGAUGGAGGCAGCGGCUCAAGCCCCCCUGGGGCAGGGGGCAGCACCCCCCCACCCACCCGGCAUGUUCACUGCAGAGUUCAGCCCUCCAGGGCACCCCUACCACGCAGAGCGGUCUCAGGCACAAAUCCUGCACCGGCAAGGGACCCUGCAGGUCCCUGGGAGAUGCUGGCGGAGAGAGGAGCUUCCAGCCCUGUCCCGGCACAGGAGGGGCCAUAGCCCGGCCCUGGGGGCAGGAUUGCACCCCGGCCAGGCCAGCGGGCAGCCCCGGUGCCAGCGGCGAGCUUUGGUGUGUAACCGCACUGUACAUAGACAAGCUAAAACCAUUAAAGCUGCUGAACCCCU